AUGCGCCACAGCUUCUUCCACCGCCUGCCCCUGGAUCUCCUCUACUACCUCGUAAAGCACCACAUCCACGAUUCCGCCGAUCUCCUUGCCCUUGGCGCCAGCACGCGCGCCUUUCUCUUUUCCCCCAUGGCCGACGCGCCGUGGCUGUUCUCACUACUGACUUGCAUCCCAACAUUGCGCGACUUCCUCAAACGCCUGCGCCGCGACGACUUCAUGCGCGCCUGCGCUGCAGAAGAACAACAACAACAACACGAACAAAAAUAUCCACGACCGACGGUCUAUAACGGCGACGGCGAACUCCUCGUCCCCUGUGGCGCCUGCCAGAGCAUGCACCGGCGCUCACUCUUCUCUGAUGCACAGCUGGCCGUGCGCACGCACGCAUCGCGCCUCUGCAAAGGCUCGGCCGGCGUUGUGCGCCUCUGCCCGCACGCGACGACGACCCUUGCGCAAUUGUCAGCCCUCGAAGCGAUGAGUCCGCAUGGGGUCUGGCUAUCUUGCCACGAGUGUGUCCGGCCGCAGCACGUUACGGUACUGUUGAGCACGAUGUUCCGUUUCGCACCGGAAAUGGAGUUUUCGGUAGUGCGGUUUGUGAAGGUAGACGAGGAUGUUGCAGCGGAUGGUGAUGGCAGCAGCAGCGGUUCGUCGUUGGUCGCGGUGGCCGACGCCGAGCCGCACUUGACGCCCGAGAUGACCUUCGGCGUAUUGAAGGCCGCGGCGGAGCGCUAUGGUGUCGUCGCGUGCAAUCACAUGCGGCUGGAUGACCCCGAGACAUUCAAGUCCAAUGUUUGGACACCUAACAUGCCGAGGUCGAGGUCGGCAGAAGAUAAGCAGUGGCUUGAUCAGAUUGAAAACUUGGAGGAAAUGUAG